ACCUUGAGUAAAGUCCGCGCCUAAUCUUAACCGAGACAAAUUCUGACCCCGAACUAGUUUUUAUCUGUUAUAUCACUUACCUGACGUUGAACAUGAAGGUGGCUAAAGAUUUCAAGCUCAUGUCAUGUUUAAUCAUUAUUCUAUGUUUAUUAGAAUUAACAAACUGUGAAACAAGGAGAAGGCAGCGGCGACCUAACAGAAGAAGACGGCCUAAUUCCAGAAGACGGACUACAUUACCAACAACGACAACGGACAAUUCCACACCAGUGCAAUGCGAAACAAUAUUUUUGCCGAUGUGUCGUGGCUUAGUCGGCUACAGACGCACACAUCUUCCAAACCAAUUUGGUCACACAACUCAAAUGCAAGUAUACCGAUCUUUGGAAUAUCUUUGGCCUUUCAUGGAUAUUGGCUGCAGUCGUAAUUUCAGGGUGCUUGCGUGUGGAAUGUAUCUUCCAAAAUGUCCCGGAAAUACUGGAGUGGAAGGUGGGCUCAAACCAUGUAAAGAAACGUGUAGAAGAGCCAGGAGGUGUAGAACCAAAAUGAGGGAACUUCAGUCAGAAUGGCCGACAGAUUUUAACUGUAACACGCUUCUACCGAGAAAGUCAAAGAAAUGUAUACCCCCUGUUUCUGAACGUCCACGCUGUGCGAACCAACAUGUUACGUGUCAAAGAAACGAACAUGAUUUCUGCCAAGGUUUAAACUUCCCAUUAGGAAUGUUACCCAACAUGUUUUUGCAGUGUUCAAAGCAAGACAUACAUCGUGAAUUGGAUGAAUAUAGAGUUCUCAUUGAUAGUGGAUGUUCGGAGCACUUGGCUUUCUUACUUUGUGGAAUAUAUCAGCCGUUCUGUACUAGGGCUGAAAACCCCUUCGCUUUGCCAUGUCGUGAGAUCUGUGAACUUGUGAAGUCUGAUUGCGAGAGCACGUACUCCAGACUGUUUGGUGGUUUACCCUGGCCUGGUAAAUUACAAUGCCACAGAUACCCUCUUUCGACUGAUGAAUUAUGGCUUUGUGCCAUGCCAGGUGAUACUUCCCUUGCUUUAACCCCGGAAGAAGCUCUGGCGAAUGGUGAAAUUAGUGAAAAUGGUGAAAAUAGUGAAAAUUAAUAAAAUAAUUAACUGAACAAUAACCAUUAUAACUUUUGAUAUAUACGCUAUACUUAAUCUAUAAAGUUUGUAAUCAGUUUUUAAUCCAUAGAAUAGAGACUUUGUUUACUGUUUGUUAUAUAGACCAAUAGUCUACAUACAACUCAACAGUGCAACUUGGAAUAUAUCUAGAUAACUUCUGAGCAUUUUUUUUUACCCCCCCCCCCCAAAAAAAAAACAAAAAAACAUAUAGCAAUCUGGAUAAUAUAUUUUUAUGCUAAUCUGUAUUUUAGAAAGACAAUUAGGGCAUUGACAAUAUUUUAUGUUAAAUAUUUACAUUAUGUUAACCAGGGGCUAUACUAUAUACCGGAAAGCAUCGGAAAACACCGGAAAACUACAGGAAAACACCGGAAAACUACCGGAAAACUACAUGUUAUACUGAAUACAGGAAAACACCGGAAAAAAAAUAAAUACCGGAAAACACACUAAACAGGUAACUCGGAGCCUGGUCCUCUGGAAAACACCGGAAAACCUAACCUUAACACUAACUCCCUGCAAACAGAGGACCAGGCUCUGGGUUGCAUAUUUAGGGUGUUUUCCGGUAUUUACUGUUUUUCCGGUGUUUCCGGUAUUCAGCAUAACAUGGUGUUUUCCGGUGUUUUCCAGUAGAUUCCGGUGUUUUCCGGUUGUUUUCCGGUGUGUGUCGGUGUUUUCCAGUAUAUAGUAUUGCCGUUAACAUGAAGUGUCAUAAUUAAUAAUUGGUCAAAUUGUGUAAAUAAUUUGAUAAACAAA